AUGUUGUUUAUGGAAAGCUAUUUGUGCUACUGCUCCGUGCGCCUGGGAGUUAUGAGUGUCGGGGUAUUGAGCAUUAUCCUGUCUAUAACGCUGAGCACCGUAUUCUUCGUGCGAGGCAUCCAUCUGUUCGACGAACUUAUCGAUUUGCUGGAAAAUGACUCACAGUACAAAACGAGCAGCGUCGUGCGAAAACUCAUUAACUGGAUUCAUGACUCACCCGAUAAGGUUAUGAUAUUUCUGCAAGUCAUGUGCUACGUUCGCAUAGCCUGCGCCAUUUUGGGCAUCGUCGGAGCUUGGAGGCUUCACAAAUGGUUGUUGCUGCCAUUGGCUUUCUUGGAAUUCGUCUAUUUUCUGAGCAUCACAAUCAGUCACAUUGUCUUGAUGAUUGUGCUGAAGAAGCAGAUCAACUUGGGUCUGCUCAUUGUGCUCACCCUGGUGGGCAGCUUCUAUUGUCUUUUCGCGGGCUAUAACUGCGUCACGUGCAUUGCUCUGUUCCAGAUCAUAAAUCUGGUGAGAAGCAACAAAUAUCGUCAGCUCUACGGCGAGGAUCCCUUUAAUCCAGUGGCCAUGAGGCGUUCGCGAGGCGAGGUACAGCAGCUGCGUGUGCUGGGCACACCCGAGGACACAGACAUUGAUGAGCAGAAGCGAUUGGCCAAGCUGGGCCUCUGGCCGCGUCGUCAUCCGCAGGUCAUUUCCGUCAUUCCGAUGCAGACGCCAGCUGUCAAUCUGAAAUGGUGGCAGCAGCAGGCUUUGGACAGGGAUGACAAGCUCCAUGACUCGGCCGUCUAUCGCAACUGGCAACGCGACGAACUGCUGCGAGGUGUGGGCGGCGAGGUGGAUCGCAAAAAUGAACUGAAUCGACGCUACGCAGAGGUGCAACAUUUUCAAUGGCGUUAG